AGAGUGUUUCUCAAAAUUUAAAUAUUUGAUAACAGCUCAGAACAAGCUACUGGUAGAUUUUAUAGUUAUAAAUGUGGAUAUGGCAACCUUCUUUUGCAUCAAAAGAGUUCUUAACAAUUAUCAGGAGACUGUUUUCAGACAAUAUGAGACUGCUGCCAUCGCUAUGUUUUUAAAAUACUGCCCUUUAAAGCUGCCUGCCCUCAAAUCUUCAAAUUUUGAGAUGUACAAAGUUUUAUAAAGCCAGCCAUUGCCUACAUAUAAUGUACAUAUGAUUGGCUCAUAUUAAAUGAUGUACAUGUACCUACAUGUAUUAUGCUGGGAUUGCCGUGCCUUCCCUUUUGUGCCCACAUCAAUAGCCUUUUUUGCCCUUUUGAAUGCCCUUGUUACACUGGUUCUGAGACGAUUUUUCUACAAAUUGCCUUGCCCUCUUAUAUGUACUGUAUGUGCUCACUGCAAGGGCUGAUGAAGUGUUGAGUGUUGUGGCCCAGUGGAUUAGUCUCCGGAUUUUGAAACAGAAGGUCUUGGGUUGGAAUCCCAGCCGUCGUCAUAUCCUUCAGCAAGAAUAUCGGUUUCCAAUGUGCUGCACUCAUUCCAGGUUUCGUUAAUAACCCAGCACCAUGACGGGCGACGGGAGCGGAGCAGCGUACACCCGCUUUGCGGAGGAAAUGGACAUUGAUACGCUGGAUCUUAAGGUCCGCAACAACUACGAUAACUACGGUCGAUGGCCUGCCAUCAGGAGAUGGUGUAGCCAUCACAGGAAGACAAUCGGCCUUCUAGCCUUUGCAUUGUGCCUAUUCUUUGUCGGUAUCGUGAUUGGACACUUUUUGCACUAUGUGGUCAUGGAGCACUGCGAAACCGAGACACACAAUGAGACACACACCACACCUAUGCCGCCUCCUACCACGGAGCCAGCUCCUCAUAGUAAUUACAGUGAUAUCCUGCACACCCUCAUUAAGAAUGAUACGUUGGAUUCGUAUCUAAAACAAUACACACAGCGGCCUCACUAUGCAGCCUCUCCUGAUAGUGAACAGAUCAUAGCAGGUAUAAAAAAUGCCUGGGCAAGUGCUGGGGGAUUCAAGGUUUACACAAAGAAAUACCAAGUCCAGCUAUCUAGACCAAACAGGACCCAUCCCACUCGUUUUGAUACAUAUGGUAACCCUCCAGUUUGCUGUAAUACUACGUACUACCCAAACGAUGACCCAGAAAACAAUCUUCUACCAGGCUUUAAUCCUUAUGGCGCAAACAUAGAUAUUGAGGCAGAUCUGGUUUAUAUCAACUAUGGAACUUGGCGCGACUUCAUAACAUUAAAAGAAAUAGCAAACAUCCCCAUUGAAGGGAAAAUAUGCCUUGUCAGGCAAGGCAAGCUGAACAUUAGAUCAAUUGCCAGGGCAUGCCGUUAUCAUGGUGGGAUAGCCCUCGUGGUGUUCCCAGAUACCCUUCACUACACCCCAAACAUUACCAAGGAUGCCGACCCCAACACCUGGUGGCUACCGGUCAAUGCUACCAUCCGGGACCCGGUCAGAAUGGCCUUUGGUGACCCUCUAACACCGUUCCUGCCUUCUCUCGAGUAUGGUUCUGUGAAUGAUUCAGCGCAAGCGUCAAAGCUACAAGGUAUGAUUUGCCAGACUCACCCGACUAUAAGCUUCUUUCAUUCUUAUUCAAAGACAAGAGUGCUGUGAUUAAAUAAUCAGAGA